AUGGCAGAUGAUGCUGAUGGAGCACUUGUGGUACCUAACCCCCUCCCUCUCAACUCACACUUCGCCCCUACGGCUUACACUACACCAUCAUGUGUACGAUUACCCGCCAUCACGGCUAAUCAGUAUGAGAUUAAGCCCGGGAAUGCCAAACAUUGGCUUAGUACUUUGCCAACUAAUUCUAUAACAUCUUGGGCGCAAAUGAGUGCGGCAUUCCUUAAGAAAUUCUUCCCCAUAGGAAAAACACUCAGACUUCGGCAGGAGAUUACCACUUUCCAACAAGUUGAGAAUGAACAGUUCUAUGAGGCUUGGGAGAGAUAUGGGGAUCUCAUUCGUAAGUGCCCGCACCAUGACAUACCUAAGUGGCAAUUAGUACAGAGUUUUUAUUCCGGGCUGCAUCCGCAGCAUCGUGUGAUGGUUGAUGCCUCAUGUGGAGGCUCUGUGAUGGUUAAGAAUGAAGAGGAUGCCUGGCAGUUGUUUGAAACUAUGAGCGAAGGGUCCUUGCAAAAUGUUUCUUUUGAGAGGAGAGGUAAGUCAGUCACUACUGGCUCUGAUAAGCCACGAGGUAUGUAUGAGAUCAAACCAUCUCAUGACCUCAAUUCCAAAGUCGAUCUACUGACUGAAAAGGUUGAAAAACUUCUUUGUAUGGGACCGGCCACCUCACAGCCUCCACUUUCUCAGGAGGCAUGUUCUUUAUGUGCUAGUCCGGCCCAUUUCAUCACUGACUGUCCUGCAGCCCCACAAUUCCCUAUUUUUGUGGAGGAGCAGGUUAAUGCUGCACAAGGGUAUGCUAAUGCACGAGGUUUCUCUCAACCGGGUAAUGAUCCGUAUUCUAGUACUUACAACGCGGGUUGGGCCAAACAUCCUAAUUUCUCGUGGAGAUCGCAAGAGCAGGGUAGUUCUUCUGCCCAGCAGCCUAGGCUUUUUAAUACUCCAUUUAAUCCAGCUGCCUAUCGCUCACAAAAUCACCAAGCACCCACCCAAUCCACGCGGGAUCCAUCCUUCGAGGAUAAGGUGCUACAAGCGCUUGACCGUUUAACUGAUACCCAACAACAAGUGCGUUCUAAUACCCAGUCCAUCUCGCGGCUCGAGACCCAAGUGGGUCAAAUAGCCAAUGCACUUAAUCGUAGGGAAGAAGGUAGGUUGCCCAGUCAGCCUGUCCAACCCCCUGGAGGACAGUUUGUAGUUCAUGACCAGCCUCUUGCUGAUGCUAAGGUAAUCAUGACUUUGCGCAAUAAGAGAGAGGUCGAAACCCGACCAGAGAAAGCGAAAUCGAAGGAGCAUUUGGCUCCCUCCGACCCCGAUGACUUUGGGGAGGAGAGUUCACAGAGUAAGGAGGGAACCCCUCCAGUCACACCUACAUCACCCACUUCUGUGUCAGCAGGCUCUAAGGUACCACCCUAUGCCUAA